AUGGAUUUGAGGAAAUUGGGGCUCUUUUUCUUUAGAUUAUUUUUCAUCCUGAUUUUUCAGGGUUUAUUUUCUGAAUAUCAGAUUGGGAAUCCUCCUUGUCACUUAAAAAGAGAUUAUAGCCUCACUUAUACAAAGGAAGGAGACAUCGUUAUAGGGGCCUUCCUGUCCUUGUAUUUGAACCCUGAAUUAUGGAUUGACAAGAAGUCUUUCAAAUCCCCUCCAGUACCGUUAGCUGUAGAAAUACCAUACAUGCUCAAACAUUAUCAAAAUUUUCUCACUGUCCAAUUCACUGUGGAUGAGAUCAACAAUGACCCCCAUUUGCUGCCCAACAUAUCUCUGGGAUACCAGCUGCUCAAUAACUUCCAUGAAAGUGGAUUGGCUGUGGAGAACUCAUUGAUGUGGUUGUCAGGGAAGGGGCCAACGAUCCCUAACUAUAGCUGUGACAGGCAGCACAAAUCAAUCGUUGUCAUUGGAGGGAUGUCAUCUACACUGUCCAUGGCCAUGGCCACUUUGUUAGGACUAUAUAAAGUCCCACAGCUCAGCUAUGGCUCGUUUGAUCUUCUCCUGUCUGAUGAGGUCCUGUAUCCAUAUGUCUAUCAGCUGGGCAGCAGGGAAUCCACUCUACACCUGGCAGCAGUUCAACUGAUGCUACAUUUUGGUUGGACUUGGGUGGGGCUGAUUUUUUCAGGUGACCUGACAGGGGAGCAAUUCUCCAAGCAUCUAAAAGACGAGAUGACCUGGAAUGGUUUAUGUCUGGCUUUUACAGAACAAGUUUCUGAAAAAUUUAAACAAGGAGAUGAUGAUAUUAAAUUCUUGGCUAGGAUCCUUGGGUCCUCAUCCAAUGUGAUUUUCAUCUAUGGAAAUACAGCUUCCCUUAAAUUUUUUUCUGAAUUAUUGAUGAUUUUCGCAUUUUAUGGGAAGAUGUUUGUCAUCAGUGCUUCCUGGGAUUUUUCUGCAUAUUCUGAUGAUGAAAUGAUGAGCAAUUUUCAUGGUACAUUAAUAUUUUCUCAAUUCAAGAGAGAGAUUCCUGGUUUCAUAGAUUUCCUAAAAAGUGUGCAUCCCCGUGCCAACCCUGAGGACAUUUUCCUAAAGUCUUACUGGGAGAUAGUCUUUCAUUGUUUACUUUCAGAAAGAAAGAAUUUAAAUAUGACUUCUCAACAGUGUGAUGAAAGUUUGACCUUUGCAGAUGUACCUCCUAUUUUUUUUGACAAGACCACAAAGGAAGAGAGUUCUAAUAUCUACAAUGGAGUUUAUUUAUUGGCUCAUACUCUCCACCAAAUGCUUCAGACUGAGGCAAAAGAUCUAUCAGAACUUCUAGCAUACCCGCUUCUUUCUUGGAAGCUCCUCCACUUUCUAAAGUGCGUUAAUCCUGUCAAUGGCAUCAAAGAUGACUUAUGUGUAGAUGGACCCUCCAUGACUGCUGAGACAUAUGAUAUCCUGAAUUUUAGAUCAUUCCCUGAUAAGAUUUGGUCAGAGGUGAAAGUUGGAGAAGUGAUUCCUCAUGAAAAAGUGUUAAGCAUUAGUGAAGAGGACAUAGAUUGGCCAGAAGAUUUCCCCCAGAUUCCUAGUUCUACCUGCAGUGUGGCCUGUGGCCCUGGCUUCAGGAAGCAAUUUCGUGAAGGCCAGCCCAUCUGCUGCUUUGACUGUACCUUGUGCCCUGAUGGGAAGUUUUCCAAUAAAACAGAUGCAGAAGAGUGCAUACAAUGCCCUGAAGAUCAGUACCCAAGCCAGGAGAAAGAUAGAUGCCUGCCCAGGACAGUAACUUAUCUGGCUUAUGAAGAGACUCUGGGAAUGAUUCUGACCUCUGCAGCUUUCUGCUUCUCCAUUCUCACAAUAUUUGUCCUUAGAGUGUUUGUUAUACACAGAGAUACCCCCAUAGUAAAAGCCAAUAAUCGCAGUCUCAGCUACAUUCUGCUCACCUCUCUCACCCUUUGCUUCCUUUCUUCCUUGCUCUUCCUUGGUCGUCCUACACCAGCCAUCUGCAUCUUAAGACAAACCACAUUUGCCAUUGUGUUCACGGUGGCCAUUGCUUCCAUCUUGGCCAAAACCAUCACUGUGGUUCUGGCCUUUAGGGCCACUAAGCCAGGGAGCAAGCUCAGGAGGUGGCUGAGACCAGCAGUAUCUCAUUCCCUCAUUUUCCUUUGUACCCUUAUACAGAUGUUCCUCUGCAGCAUCUGGCUGGGGACAUAUCCCCCAUUCUUUGAGAUGGAUACACACUCUGAGGCUUCCUUCAUUGUUAUUCAGUGCAAUGAGGGCUCCCUUGUGACCUUCUACUGUGUCCUUGGCUACAUGGGCUUCCUGGCCUUGGUCAGCUUUACUUUGGCUUUCCUGGCAAGGAAUCUGCCAGAUACUUUCAAUGAAGCCAAGUACCUGACAUUCAGCAUGCUGGUGUUUUGCAGUGUCUGGAUUUCCUUUUUGCCCGCAUAUCAGAGCACCAAAGGGAAGGCCAUGGUGGCCAUGGAGAUCUUUUCCAUCUUGGUCUCCAGUGCUGGGAUUCUCAUCUGUAUCUUUGCUCCCAAAUGCUAUGUGAUCCUUCUGAGGCCAGACAGAAAUACCCUGGAGAUAUUGAAAAACAAAGCUAGUCCUUGAGGAGCAAUGUGUUCUGAAGCUCUUCCUCUCAAAUCUUAAAGAUAUAGCUCUUCCUUCUUAAUGAAUGAUUUAAAAUACUCUAGCUUUUAUACCAUUUAUUUUCUGUUAUCAUCAUGUCUUUCUUUUGUCCUAAAUUCCAAAAUUAUAUUGAAGAAAGUCAUAUUGCUUGAUUUCUUAAGAGUUAAAAUUACUUACUCUGUAUAUAAAAUGACCUCUAAAGAACAGAACCUUAAUAUGUUGAUGAAAUGAAAACAAUAUUCUAAAAAUAAAUUACAUAUUUGUGUGUUUGUGUGCAUGACUGUGUGUG